UUAUACAGCUCUUAGAAAUAGACGACCUUGGUAGACCACAUUAUACACUCUAAAUGUAAACGAUUUCAGUGUAAAGCCACGUGUUCGUAAAAACUUAGAAUUAUCAGCAUAACUUUAGUGUUCGUCUUAAUUCAACGAUUGCCUAAGAUGUGUGGAAUUUGGGCAACGUUUGGAACUGAUGGAAGGCUGAAUGGAGCAUGCGUCAAGUGUUUUUCUGCUAUAGUACAUCGCGGUCCUGACGCAUGGCGUAUAGAACAAGAUGCAAGAGAACCACUCGCCGUAUUUGGCUUCCAAAGACUCGCAAUUGUGGAUGGUCUAAAUGGAAUGCAACCCAUGCGAAUACACCUUUACCCUCGGGUGUCUCUCAUUUGUAAUGGCGAAAUAUACAAUUGUGAACGACUUUGCAAUCAAUACAAUUUCCAAUAUGAAACACACUGCGACAUAGAGGCUAUUAUUCAUUGCUAUAAAAAAUUUGGUAUCAGUGACACCGUCAGAAACCUCGACGGAGUUUUCGCAUUUUGUCUAAUUGACGGAGAAAAAAGAAAAAUUUAUAUCGCUAGAGAUCCAUACGGAGUAAGGCCCUUAUUUCAAUUACAAGAUGAAGAAAAUGGAUAUAUGGCUAUCUGUUCAGAAGCUAAAGGCUUAAUAGGCUUAAAAGAUAAAGAAAGCAAAACAUCGAGCUUAGGUCAAUUUCCUCCUGGACAUUUAGAGGAAUGGGAUAUUUUAGAUGGAGGUAAAGUUAAGCGUAACUAUACUGAAAAAUAUUUUACCCCUGGUACGCCUCCUCAUUUUACUCCAUUUGUAGCAGAGGAAGAAAUGUCACAAAUGAAUAUUUACGAAAAAACUACCCAUCUUUUAGAAGCAGCUUGUAACAAAAGAUUAAUGUCUGAUAGGCGAAUUGGCUGUCUCCUAAGUGGAGGCUUAGACUCUUCGCUUAUAACCGCUUUAGUAGUAAAGUUAGCAAAGUCACACAAACUCCCAUACAAAAUACAAACAUUUGCAAUCGGUAUGGGAGAUUCCCCCGAUCUCAUAGCAGCACGCACAGUAGCAGAAUACCUCGGAACUGACCACCAUGAAGUCAUAUUUGAUGAGAGUGAUGUUAAACGAGAAUUAGAUAACGUUAUAUAUCAUUUAGAGUCCUAUGACAUAACAACAAUACGAGCUAGUAUACCUAUGUACCUUCUUUCAAAGUAUAUUAAAGAAAAAACAGAUACUACUAUCGUUUUUAGCGGUGAAGGUGCAGAUGAACUUGCACAGGGAUAUAUAUAUUUUAGAGAUGCUCCUGAUUCAAAAACGGCUCACGAAGAAAGUAUAAGACUUCUUUCAGAUAUUUAUUUAUACGAUGGAUUAAGAGCAGAUCGAACAACAAGUGCCUAUAGUUUAGAGCUUCGAGUACCAUUUUUAGAUAUCCAAUUUACUAGCCACUAUCUUAGUUUAGAUCCUUCUUUACGGCAGCCCCAAAACGGCGUGGAGAAACAUCUACUUCGCAAUAGUUUUUCCAAAAGUGGUUUAUUGCCAGAAGAAAUUUUAUUUAGACAUAAGGAAGCUUUCAGUGACGGCGUCGCUUCUGUGAAAAAGUCAUUAUUCAAAACGAUUGAUGAGAUAAUCAAAGAACGACUACCAGAAACAAUUGAUGAAUACCCUGGAGUACAACCAAAUACUGCAGAAUCUAAAUAUUACAGAUAUACAUUUGAAAAAUUCUUUCCGGGUCAAUAUAACUUUACACCAUAUUACUGGAUGCCUAAGUGGGUCCAAGUUUCAGAUCCGUCAGCAAGAUUCAUUAAACAUUAUGCCGCCUCAUAACAAUAUUGUUGUGCUGCUGUUAUGUCAUUGAGUUUUUUUAGUAUUUCAUUGUUUUUACGAACCAUAUUUACAUUAAUGACACACUGCCCAACUUGAAAAUGUUCCAAAAGAAAUGAAGAAAUAAAAUUAAAUCUGCGA